UAACUGAGAAUCAACCUAUCCUGAUCCUAGUUCCACGUCCCCGAGCCCAAACAUCGCUUAAACCCCAAAAACCCUUGCUCUGAAACAGAAGAGAAAACGAUGAGGUCGUUUCAUUAGGUAGUCUGGUGGCGGGAAACCUCAUCGAAGAAUCCCAUAUGACAGACGAGAAGAAACCAACGGCCUCGAUCUCUGACAACUCCAACCACUCGCUCGAUCAACGGCCGGAAUCUCCCCAGCGGCCUCCGAAGAUCCCCAGAAUCUCCGUCGAAGAGGACGGGGACAGAGGAGAUUUCGAACAACCGAAAGAGCCAAUUCUCGUUGACGAUACGAUGAGCCAGAAAAACCCUAGGUUGCAGCGGUACUUGGUUGCGAUCGAGUACAUCGGGACUCGAUUCGCCGGGGCUCAGAAACAGCCCAACGACAGGACAGUCGUCGGUGUACUCGAGGAAGCGUUUCAUAAAUUUAUUGGACAGCCAGUUUCAAUAUUUUGCUCAAGCCGAACUGAUGCUGGAGUACAUGCCUUAUCAAAUGUUUGCCAUGUAGAUGUGGAACGUAUAAGCAAAAGGAGACCUGGUGAAGUGUUACCACCUCAUGAACCUGCCGUGGUUAGAAGAGCUGUAAAUCAUUUCUUACAGAAGAAUGAGGGAGAUAUAAUGGUGAUAGAUGUUCGAUGUGUUACGCCUGAUUUUCAUGCUAGAUAUAAAGCUCAAGAACGCACGUACUUCUAUCGCUUGCUGUCUGGACCAGAGCCUUUGUCAAUCUUUGAGAAAGAUCGUGCUUGGCAUGUGCCUGAGGAGCUAGAUAUCCUAGCUAUGCAGAGAGCGUGCAGGGUUCUUGUAGGACACCAUGAUUUCAGUUCCUUCAGGGCAGCUUCCUGUCAGGCGAAGUCACCUAUCAGAACUUUAGAUGAAAUCAGUGUGACCGAGGUAGUUUCAACUCCAUAUUUUCCUUCACUCCGAGAUAGGGAAGUAAGCAUUUCCACGGGGGAUAGUUUGCUUGCUUUGCCCACUGCGGCAAAGAUUGAUCCUCUUGAUUUGAUUUCCGAAGAAGAAAAAGUAAUAAAUCCCAAUGGUGAAUCCAAUUGCGAAUUUGGCAUGAGGAGAAGACAUCAUUGCUAUGUGGUCACUACAAGGGCAUGCUCCUUUCUGUACCACCAGGUCCGCUUGCUAGUUGGAGUUCUCAAAUGCGUUGGCACGGGAGAACUUACUAUUUCUGAUGUUGAGCGCAUCCUGAAUGCAAAGUCAGUUACAGCGGCGAGUCCCAUGGCUCCGGCAUGUGGUCUCUACCUUGGAAGAGUGAAAUACGAUUUGUCCUCGGACAUGUCAACAUAACUUGCAGAAAUUGUUCGAAAAGGUUAUCUACCGAUUGCACCAUUUAGAGAACGACUCUUCUCAUAGCACCUGAUUAGAAACUCCUGGUUAGUGAAAUAAAUCUCAGAGAAGUAGAAGACUUGGGAAGUGACCGCACUUUGUCGUCCAUGAACAGAGCGUAUUGCUAGCUGUGGCCAACUGGUAUAUGGGUUAUAGAAACCAGCUUGGUUGUGUGGAUUUUGUACUCAUGGGUAGGACUGGGUUAUUUAUUUUCAUUUAGCCAAUAGGAAAUUUUUGUGCGGAGCUUUGCCAAUUUGGGCAUCUGCACGUCAUUUUAUUUUCAAGGAACAUAAACAUUAAUUCGUCUUUUCAUUUAAGUAGAAUGUAAUGUGGUUUUUAAAAAAAAUCCUAAUCACGGGGCUUUGUGAUU